AUGGCGCGGCGGAGGUUGACGAGGGCGCCCUGUGAUUCGCGAGGUUCUGACUGGGAUCUGAUCCGGCAAGAAGCGAACCUAGCGCCGGCCUCGUCGCGCAGCCUUCGUGAGGGCUUCGUGCAUCGUCAUCGAGUCGCGCUUCUGCAGAAAUUCCACAGUCACUGGGGUUCUGAGGCAAUGUGUGUCGCAAACUGGCCCAGGAAACUUCGGCGCAGAGCGCGCACAACAAGCGCGCAUGAAAGAAGCACAUCAUCGCGACGCAGCAGCAGCUCCGACGCCUGCGAGAGACACUCGGAUAAUUGCAGCCCGCGAAGGGACCUGGGGGAAGACCUUUUGUUGUCUCUCUCUGUCAACACCCGCAGCCGCAGCCCGCAAAGCAAACAAGAAGUGCAGAAUAGAAAUCAGUCGUCACAUCUCGGUGUCUCCUGGCCGUGCAACAGAGCAAUCUCGCCGCCAAUUGUGCCGCCAAUUGUGCCACUUGCUGCGAUUGCUGUGCCCAAUUCCCUGGGCUCGUGCCGAAGUAAAUAA